CCAGGGAGGUCAGCACAGAAGGAGCCAGGAUGUCCCUGUGUGGUGGGAUGAGAUCCACAAGGACGAGGAGAGGCUGGAGUGCAGGGGCUGGGUCCUGGGUCCUGGGUCUUGACUGCCUGGGAUUUCUCUGGUCAUGCCCGGAAGAGCCCGAGGAAUCCACACCCAGGGAUGAGGCCGGAAGAUGGACGCAGCCAGGGCAGGAGAGGCCGUUACUCUGUCCAAGGUGGAGCGCGGCGUGGAGAACCCGGGUCUGGAACUCACGGAAGAAGGCGCAGAUCCCGGGGGAACCCAGAGGACCGCAGUGCCAGAGCCUCAGCAGAGGGGAUCAAGCUCAGGUCCUUGCACUUGCGAGGAGGAAUCUACAGCCUUUCAUUAAGACACGGAGUUUCUGUGCAAGACACGCCGGACUGUUCAAGAAGAUCCUGGUGGGCCUCUUGUGUUUGGCGUACACCGCCUACUUCCUGGCAGCGUGCAUCCUGGAUUUCCACAGGGCGCUGGCCUUGUUUGUCAUCACCUGCUUGGUGGUCUUUGUCCUGGCUCACCACUUCCUGCAAAAGUUCUUCGGUAAAAAACUAAGCAGAUGUCUGAAGCCCUUGAAACACUCUCGCCUGCAAGUCUGGAUGAAGUGGGUGAUCGCAGGUGUCUCACUGGUCGGCCUUGUCCUGUGGCUGGCUCUCGACACGGCACAGAGGCCAGAGCAGCUCAUCUCCUUUGCAGGAAUCUGCAUGUUUCUCCUCAUCCUCUUUGCCUGCUCCAAACACCACAGUGCGGUGUCCUGGAGGACGGUGUUUUGGGGCCUGGGUCUUCAGUUUGUCUUUGGGAUCUUGGUCAUCAGAACUGAACCUGGAUUCAUUGCUUUUCAGUGGCUGGGAGAACAGCUCCAGAUUUUCCUGGACUACACUGUGGCCGGCUCCAGCUUUGUCUUUGGAGAUACGCUGGUCAAAGAAGCCUUUGCUUUUCAGUCCUUACCAAUCAUCAUUUUCUUUGGAUGUGUGAUGUCCAUUCUCUACUACCUGGGCCUCGUGCAGUGGGUAGUUCAGAAGAUCGCCUGGUUCUUGCAAAUCACCAUGGGCACCACUGCCACGGAGACCCUGGCUGUGGCAGGAAACAUCUUUGUGGGGAUGGGUCUCCAAGGAGCAGCAGCUUAUCCUGUUCCAAACGAAGACCAGCCUCUUUCCCAUAAUAGGUGGCUUCUCUGUGAGGAGUGGGUCCUCAUCAUAGGCCAUCAGCUAAAGGAUAUCAGUAUGGAGGAGGUCUUUCUAUCUCAAGGCCCAAGGCUGAUACCUGUUUCAGACAUGACCCUUUCUGAAAUCCACGCGGUGAUGACUGGAGGGUUUGCCACCAUCGCAGGCUCUGUGCUGGGAGCCUUCAUAUCCUUUGGGAUUGAUGCACCAUCUUUGAUCUCUGCCUCCGUGAUGGCCGCCCCUAGCGCUCUGGCCUUGUCCAAGCUGGUGUAUCCAGAAGUGGAGGAGUCCAAGUUCAAGAGCAAGGAGGGGUUGAAACUGCAGCGUGGGAAGGAGAGGAACAUUCUGGAAGCUGCCAGCAGUGGAGCCACAGAUGCCAUAGGCCUGGUUGCUAACAUAGCAGCCAGCCUGAUUGCCUAUCUGGCCGUUUUGGCCUUCAUCAACGCUGUCCUCUCCUGGAUGGGGGAGUUGGUGGACAUACCUGGGCUCACUUUCCAGGUCAUCUGCUCCUACGUGCUGAGGCCCAUGGUUUUCAUGAUGGGUGUGGACUGGGCCGACUGUGCCAUCGUGGCUGAGAUUGUGGGAAUCAAGUUCUUCACCAAUGAGUUUGUGGCCUAUCAGCAGCUGUCACAGUACAAGAGCAAACGUCUCUCGGGAGUGGAAGAGUGGUCCGAGGGCGAGAAGCAGUGGAUUUCUGUGAAAGCUGAAAUCAUUGCAACAUUUUCACUCUGUGGAUUCGCCAAUCUCAGUUCCAUCGGAAUCACUCUGGGAGGCUUGACGUCCAUGGUACCCCAGCGGAAGAAUGACUUGUCCAGGGUUGUGGUCCGGGCCCUCUUUACAGGGGCCUGUGUGUCCCUCAUCAGUGCUUGUAUGGCAGGAAUCCUCUACGUGCCCAGGGGAGCCGAGGCGGACUGCGUCUCCUUCCUAAACGCGAGUUUCACCAAUAGAACCUACGAGAGCUACGUGUGCUGCCAAGAGCUCUUCCAGAGUACCUCUUUAAAUGGCACCAACUCACUUUCUUUUUCUGGUCCCUGGGAAAACAAGGAGUUCAGUGCCACGGCCCUUGUUAACUGCUGUGAAUUCUACACCAACGCCGUCUGUGCCUAAACUGGUCGGUCCAUUUCCGUAACACUUCUCAGCAGCUGUUUUGUGGUCGGGCAUUUAUAUAGUCAGGGUUACUAUUCUGUAAGGACCUCACUAGGAUUGGUAACAGUAAAAGAUUCAUUUUGGUUCACUGUAUCCAAAAAUGAAAAUUAGCAUCCAUCUUUCCAUUCCUCAUGGGCCCUCCCGAGCUUUUAUUUGAAAAAAAUAAAUGUUGCCAUGUCAAAAAAAAAUCUUGAAAACCUUGCUGGUAGUUGUCAUCUUAAAAAUUAUGUGUUGCAGUAUGCUAUAAAAGUGAUUUAGUACAUGUAGUGUCUGGGGACAGAGGUGGAGGGAGCUAUAUUUCUUGUUUUGUGGAUGAGCUGAGCUUAUAUUACUAAAGUCACAUAUGAAAGGUACAUGGAUAUUUAAUGAUAAAAUUUUUCUGAUUGUCACAUAUUUGUAAAUCUGCAAGCUCUUCGACAUCAAUACACAGUAAGCAAAAAGGUCUUCCUGCAUACAAACGUCUCUUGUUUAAGAGUCUUCCUUUGCUUUCGUAUUUUCCUUUAGUGUCAACCGUACUUGCUUCGAGUUUACAGAGAACCAUUAAAACCGUGGUUUUCAGGGGGGAGGGGAGUAAUUUUGCUUCCUAGGGGCAUCUGGCAGCCAGCCAUUCCAG